AUGUCGCAAAAUUUUUCCACAUGCACAACGGAGGCGGCUGAAGGCACACAUGUGUUUGACGUCUUAGGUUACAGCAAGCUCAGGGGCAUGAGCCACCACAGCUACGUCCGAUCCGGGAAUUUCGCCGUGGGCGGCCAUGACUGGGCCAUCCGCUUGUACCUGGAUGGGAACAGCCAAUCAUCUUUAGUGCGUAAAAUAGGACCUAUGAUUUUCAAUUCCGCUGAUACCACUAAGUUUGCCCCGCCUGAUCCUUAUUUCAAAAAGCGAAGCGAGAUCGAGGGGUCCGUGUACCACAAGGAUGAUCGCCUCACGAUCUAAUGCAUCGUUACCAUUUUUUAAAAGACACAGGUUACCAAACCCAAAUCCACGCCCAAAAUCGACAUGCCACCGUCUGACUUGGCCGAACAUCUUGGCAGGCUGUUGGAUGACAAGAAGGGGUUCGAUGUCAAUUUCAUUGUUGGGGGAGAGACCAUCAAAGCGCAUAGGUUCAUUCUUGCUAUGCGGUCGCCUGUUCUAAGAGUUGAGCUCUACGGACCGAUGAGGGAGGCGAGGCUGGGGCAGUGCAUUACCAUCGAGGACAUGCAACCUGCCGUCUUCAGAGCCUUGCUCCAUUUCAUUUAUACUGAUUCUUUGCCUCGUGGCGACAGGGACCUUGAGGGAGAUGAAGAUAUCGAGAUGGUCCGGCUUUUACUCGUGGCUGCGGACAGAUAUGCCAUGGACAGACUCAAGAUGGUAUGCCAAAGCAUCCUUUGCAGGGAUCUGAAUGCGGACACCGUGGCGACAACAUUGGCUUUAGCUGACCAACAUAACUGCCACAAGCUUAAGGAUGCUUGCCUUGAAUUUAUUGAAAGAUCAGAUGACAAUGCUAUGGAUGGCGUGGUGGCAACCCAAGGCUUCAAAGAUCUCAAAGUGACUUGCCCAUCUCUCAUAGUGGACGUACUGGAGAACAGAAGAAAGCUUCGUAAAGCAUGA